UUACCGAGUCACUCCCUCCUUCACUUUUCACUUCAAACAAAUUAGAGGCAAAUUCACUUGGUCAUGUGUUUUGACAGAGGCAGUCAUUCAAAUAGUGAAAGAGAGAGAGAGAGAGAGAGAGAGAGAGAGAGAGGGAGAGUGAUUGCUGCAGGGACACAUACGAUAAGAUCAGCGAAAGUAUUCCCUCCUGUCAGUUUUCAAGGAUUAUCUGCUUUCCUGCCAUCUCCCCGUUUCCACUGGUGACAGUGCCUAACAAACAUCGUCAUGGGUGAAAUGGAGCAAUUGCGAAAGGAGGCGGACAGUCUUAAAGACCAGAUCACUGCAGCUCGUAAGGCAAUGCAGGACACCACACUGCAAGAAGCAGCAGCUGGGAUCAACGUGGUAGGCCGGGUUCAGAUGAAGACCAGGAAAACACUAAGGGGUCACCUUGCCAAAAUCUAUGCUAUGCACUGGGCCGCAGAAUCCAGGCUGUGUGUCAGUGCAUCACAAGAUGGAAAACUUAUAGUGUGGGACAGCAUUACAACGAACAAGGUGAAUGCCAUCCCUCUGAAGUCAUCGUGGGUGAUGACUUGUGCCUAUGCACCUUCUGGGAACCUAGUGGCUUGUGGCGGUCUGGACAACAUGUGCUCCAUCUACAACCUCAAGGGCAAAGACGGGAACGUAAAGGUCAUGCGUGAGCUGGCAGCACACACAGGCUACCUGUCUUGUUGUCGUUUCCUCAGUGACACUGAGAUCAUCACCAGCUCGGGAGACUGCACUUGCGUACUAUGGGACAUUGAGACUGGGACCCAAAAGACGGUCUUUGCAGGACACCAGGGAGACUGCAUGUCCCUGGCCGUGUCCCCAGACUUCAAGUUUUUCAUCUCAGGAGCCUGUGACUUCACUGCCAAGCUGUGGGACAUCAGAGAGGGUGCAUGCAGACAGACCUUUGGAGGCCAUGAGAGUGACAUCAACGCAAUUGGGUUCUUCCCAAGUGGUACAGCAGUGAUAACGGGAUCAGAUGAUGCCACCUGUAAGCUAUAUGACCUGCGAGCCGACCAGGAGCUCAUCACCUACCAGGACUCCAGCAUCAUGUGCGGGGUGACCUCCCUGGCCCCAUCCCUCUCUGGACGCCUCUUACUAGCUGGCUACGAUGACUUCAAUGUCAAUAUCUGGGACACACUUAAAGCUGAGAGAGUGGGAGUGCUGGCUGGUCACGACAACAGGGUGAGCUGUAUCGGAGUGUCCUCAGAUGGCAUGGCGUGUUGCACAGGAUCCUGGGACAGCUUCCUCAAGAUAUGGAAUUGAAGCUGUUCCUCACUGGCAAGCAGAAAGAGAUCAGUUAACAUCUGCCUGGGAGAAAAAGAAGAGGAUGAAAAAAAAGAAAUUUUGAGGGAGGGAUGAGGGACAAUAGGAGCCACACAGGGUUAGAAGAGGGUAUUUUAAUUGUGCCAAGUCCUGUCUAAUGUUGAAGAGGGGCUGUAAUGUGAAGAUCUUCUCCUCCGUCACAUCGCACUCUCACCUUUCUUCUCACGUUAUGGGGGAAUUUGGGGUGGGAAAAGGGAUCUCGGAAAAGAUCAUUCCUCUUGGUAGUUUAUUAUACUGUGCUUCUAACUGAUACCAUAUGCACAUUUAUCACAGCCAUUCAGAGAUCACCCAAUGAGAACAGUUGCCAAAUGGAAACGGUAGCACACUGGAUAGAAUAAGAUAGAAUUGAUUAUGUGUAAAGUUACAGCCUGUGUAGGUUCACAAUAGCUAUGCUGUGUUUUAUAGGCAUAAAUUAUGUCAUAUGAAUAAUGUGAGCAUUUGCAUUUUUGUUUCAGACUAUUUGUUUGUUCUUAGUUCUGGUAGAUUCCCUACUUGCUUACAUUUACUUUCUUUUCAUUUUCUAAUUUUAAUUAAAAUGGAGUUAUAGUUUGCAGUUGUCUACAUUAGUGUUUGAGUUGUUUUGUAUGUAAUUGAUGGAAGAUAUUUACCAGGAUUUGGGGUCUUGUUUGUUUGACCUAAACCCCCUACCCGCAUUAGCCAGACCUGAAAAGUGCUUUGAGUAAACUGACAGAUGGGAUAAUAAAACACUUUUCAAGGUUCACUAAGCACUUACAAAAAAAAAAAAAAAAAAUGACCCAUUUGUCUUAGGACAGGAGGACGUUUGUUUGAGUGUUAUUGUAUGGAUGAUAUUGUUUUUUGUGCACAUAUGAGCAAUACAUCUGAAUCUGUAUAUGACUGCUUAUCUUUUUCCUCUGCAAUGGUACAAGAGAAACUUGAAGGACAUUUUGUGUACAGAAAAAAAAAACCCUCUGAGUUCUGACCAGAAUUUGGACUGCCUCUUCUCCAACAGUGGAUACACAACAUGCAAAAUAAAGCAAUACUACCUUUCUUAAAGACUGUGGAAUAAACAUGGGAUUCUGCAUUA